GCAGUUUAGAGGAAUGAUAAGUCGCAGACUGGUCUUGACCAAUUUCAGGUCAAAAUUUUGGACACCUUGUACACAGAGAAAUGCAAAGGCAUUUUGUUCUAAAGUGUCUCCACAGCCACAGAAUUGGGAAGAAGUUUGGAAGAAAAUAGAGGAUGCGAAUAAACAAAAAGGGCUUGUGAAGAGAUCAAAGGAUGACCUUCCUCUGUUCCAAGUUGGAACUGAGCAAGAGAAGGACUAUAAAUGCCUCCUCAGGUUCAUUCUGAUGAGCAUGACGAAGAAUCAUUUGGUUGAUAUCGCUCUCAACAAUAUCCUUGAUCAUAGUUCAGAUCCGGAAGUGAUCUUGGAAACACCUGACGAAGAUAUUUCUGAGAUGAUCAAGAAUGUUAGGUUCCAUAAUAAAAAGAUCGGGUAUAUUAAGAAGAGCACAAAGAUGUUUUUAGAGGAUUUUGAAGGCAGAUUGCCAAGUGAUACAAAGAGUCUAAAUAAGUUCCCAGGAAUUGGACCUGUCUCGUCUCUUAUGAUCAGCCAGAUGUGGUUUAAUAAAGUCCAAGGUAUUGCUGUUGACUCUCACAUUAUACGUUGUGCCAAGCUUUUAGGAUGGACUGAUGGGAAAACAACAGCUGUUGUCAGAAAACAAUUAGAAAGUUGGCUACCAAAGGAGAAAUGGGGAGAUAUCUACUUCCUUCUUGUUUUUCAUGGAUCUGAGAUUUGUACUCCAAGAAAGCCGAAAUGAGAUUCUUGAAGUGUAAGAGAUUUAUGUCCAAGCAGCACUUACGAUGGUCCAACUAAGUAAAUGCUUAGAUAUUAUUAUCAUUUUUUGAG